CCUUUGCCAUGUUGAGGGGAACUUGUUGGAGAAAUGCCUAGGGGACGCGAUGGGCCUGAGCGACGACAAGGAUCGCAUUGUGAUCAACGUGGGAGGGAUCAGACAUCAGACCUACCGCAGCACGCUGCGCACCCUGCCCGGCACGCGGCUGUCCUGGCUGGCCGAGCCUGACGCGCCCAACCACUUUGACUAUGACGAGAAGACCGAGGAGUUCUUCUUCGACCGCCACCCGGGCGUCUUCGCGCACAUCCUCAACUACUACCGGACAGGUAAGCUGCACUGCCCGGCCGACGUCUGCGGGCCGCUCUACGAGGAGGAGCUGGCCUUCUGGGGCAUCGACGAGACAGACGUGGAGCCGUGCUGCUGGAUGACCUACCGCCAGCACAGGGAGGCGGAGGAGGCCCUGGAUAGUUUCGGCGGAGGGGGUCUGUUAGACCUGGGGAGCGACGACCCGGAGCCCGAGCCCGAGCACGAGGAUGAUGAUGAGAUGACGAGGAGGCUGGCGCAGGGGGACUCACCUGACACCAGGACCGGCAGUCUGUGGAGCAGGUGGCAGAAACGGGUCUGGGCCCUGUUCGAGGACCCCUACUCUUCGAAAUAUGCAAGGUGGAUAGCUCUGGCCUCAUUAUUCUUCAUUCUGGUGUCCAUCACCACCUUCUGCUUGGAGACCCAUGAAGCCUUCAACCCCAUCAUGAACCGCACAGAGGAGGAGGUGGUGGGAAACGAAACAGUGGUGAGCACCUACCAGGAGACGGAGACGGCGGCCUACCUUACCUACAUCGAAGGCGUUUGUGUGGUGUGGUUCACGUUUGAGUUUCUAAUGCGAAUAACUUUCUGCCCGAAUAAAUUCGACUUCAUCCGAAAUGCGCUGAACAUCAUCGACUUUGUGGCUAUUCUGCCCUUCUACCUGGAGGUGGGCCUCAGUGGGCUCUCCUCCAAGGCGGCUAAAGACGUCCUGGGGUUCCUGAGAGUGGUCCGCUUUGUGCGGAUUCUGCGUAUCUUCAAGCUGACGCGUCACUUCGUAGGGCUGCGCGUGCUGGGCCACACUCUGAGGGCCAGCACCAACGAGUUCCUGCUCCUCAUCAUCUUCCUUGCUCUAGGUGUCCUCAUUUUUGCUACUAUGAUCUAUUACGCCGAACGCAUCGGAGCUAACCCCAAUGACCCACGAGCCAGCGAGCACACACAGUUCAAGAACAUCCCAAUUGGAUUCUGGUGGGCUGUGGUGACCAUGACGACCCUCGGCUAUGGAGACAUGUACCCCCAGACGACCUUUGGCAUGCUAGUCGGAGCCCUGUGCGCCCUGGCAGGUGUGCUGACCAUCGCCAUGCCUGUCCCUGUGAUCGUCAACAACUUUGGGAUGUAUUACUCUUUGGCCAUGGCGAAACAGAAACUACCAAAGAAAAAAAGCAGGCACAUCCCUCGGGCACCCCAACCAGGAUCACCUAACUACUGCAAGUCCAGCAUCAGCUCCCAGCAACCAAGCCCCAUAGCCCACGACGACGUCUUUGAGAUCAAAUUUCAAGACUCCAAGCUGAACGGUGAGGCAGCGAACGCAGCUCUGGCCAAUGAAGAUUGUCCACAUAUAGACCAGGCUAUAUCUCCAGAGGAGAUCUUCAGCCCCAGUGAGAGAGAGCGCCCCUGCUUCUUGGUCACCACCGCCGAACGUCCUAACCACACAGGGGGCAGAGUGAGGAGGGGUUAUGAAAAGCCUUGGAGCCUUAACAGCAUGUCUGGCAUGAGCGGGGAUGCCUCUGGAGUGUCCUCAGUGUCCGCCCUGCCCUGCAGCCCACCCUGUCUAUUGCAGCACUCACAUUCUCCCAUCCCAUCCAUUAUGUAGCAUGGUUGAGUAGCAGACACAAUGCCAUUGGAAGGCCAGUCCACACUCCUCCUUAUCUUUCCUGUCAGAUUUU